UCUCAUACAUAUGUGCUGUCAUGUGAACUGCUUCUCUAAAUUGACCCAGCGCCAUGGGUUUGCUGCGGUAAUGAGAUAUUAAUGAUAGAGAAACUUUUAUACUAGGACGUAACAAAGCUAAAUCGUGAUGUCUGCUCUGAGACGGGUGCUGAUGUUACGCAAGGUUCUCUGUGACCCUCGAUGUAGUUCAAAUAAACCACAGCGGUACUUCCAGACGAGCUUGUGCAACAUGGAUGCCAAUACUUCUACUUAUGAAGUGCUUCAGUCUACAUUUUCCGAGUCUGGAGCAGGAGCGAUGAUUGCCGAGAAAAAAUGUAAGUGGUUCUGUCACUACUACAGUGCACUGGUGUUUGAGGAAAAGAUCAAUCUGUUGAGAAUGCUGAGUCAGCAGUUUGGAGUGAAUCAGGACAAUGUGAUCAAUGUGGCACACCAUGUCAUCACAUCACAGGAGAAAGGAGAUGCUACUUUGUUAAUGGCAGAGGAACGCUUGAGAAAUGCUCUCACACCAAAGUACAGAGAACUCUUCCAUCAGAUUGGGCGGAUUGAGGGAGGAGUCAAGUUCCUGGUUGACCUCAGGGCAGACAUAUUGAGUCAUUUGUCGGGAGCCUCUGUGGACAAAGAGAUCCCAUAUUUCCGCUCACUAAACAGCAUGUUACAGGAGCUAUUGGUCCUCUGGUUCUCUGUGGGCUUCCUCAACCUGGAGCGGGUCACAUGGGAAUCCGCCUGUGAUGUUGUCCAGAAGAUUUCAGAAUACGAAGCAGUUCACCCCAUCAGGAAUUGGGCAGAUUUAAAGCAACGUGUGGGCCCUUAUCGACGUUGUUUUGUCUUCACACAUAACAGUAUGCCCAGAGAGCCUGUUGUGGUGCUUCACACAGCUUUAGCUAGUCAGAUCUCAGACAGUAUUCAUUCAAUAGUUUUCCGGACGUAUCAAAGGUCAUCAUCUGUAGCCGGUUCUGAGGAUGGCAAACAUUCCAGCUCCACGGAUACAGACAGAGAUUUGGAGGAGCCCAGCCUAAUCAACGCGGCUGUUUUCUACUCCAUCACGUCUACGCAAAGAGGUCUUCAAGGGGUUGACCUUGGGAAUUAUUUAAUAAAACGGGUUGUGCGUGAACUUCAGGCGGAGUUCCCCCACCUUAACCAGUUCUCCAGUCUGUCCCCUAUACCCGGGUUUAAAGACUGGCUGAUUACGGAGAUUAACAAAUACCUUCAUGAAACAAAUAUAGGCGAGUUCCCCCAGAAUGUAUUGUUUACGGCGGAAGAGUUAUCCCAUUUAAGUGCCUAUGCAGAGAGAGGAAAUGAGCCCCCUAUGGCUUGUGUCAAACAUAUACUCCAGGCUGGCACAUGGGUGGAGAAGGAGCCCCUGUGCUCACACCUGAAAACCCCACUUAUGAGAUUGUGUGCUAGAUAUUUGUAUGUUGAAAAGAGAAGAGGAAGGGCACUUAACCCUGUUGCAAAUUUCCAUUUAGGUAAUGGGGCAGUGAUGUGGCGGUUAAACUGGCUGGGGGACACAAGUAGUCGUGGAAUUACGCAGUCCUGUGGCAUGAUGGUUAAUUACCGCUAUUACUUAGAACAGACGGAGGAGAACAGUCGGAAGUAUUUAGAAAACCAUGAAAUCACGGCUUCUGAGCAGGUGGUGGAACUGUGUACAGAUGUUGCAGCAGUAUACCCUGUGUCCAGCUAGAGUACUGCAGCAACAUACCCUGUGUCCAACUGGAGUACUGCAGCAUUAUAACCUGUGUCCAACUAGAGUACUGCAGCAACAUACCCUGUGUCCAACUAGAGUACUGCAGCAACAUACCCUGUGUCCAACUAGAGUACUGGCGCAACAUACCCUGUGUCCAACUAGAGUACUGCAGCAACAUACCCUGUGUCCAACUAGAGUAUUGCAGCAAUAUACCCUGUGUCCAACUAGAGUACUGCAGCAACAUACCCUGUGUCCAACUAGAGUACUGCAACAACAUACCCUAUGUCCAACUAGAGUAAUGCAGCAAUAUACCCUUUGUCAGACUAGAGUACUGCAGCAAUAUACCCUUUGUCCAACUAGAGCACUGCAGCAACAUACCCUGUGUCAAACAGGAGGACUGCAGCAACAUCCCUGGUGUCCAACAAGAGCACUGCAGUAACAUCACUGGUGUCCAACAAGGGCACUACAGUAAGAUUCCUGGUUGCCAACAAGGGCACUGCAGUAACAUCCCUGGAGUCUAACAACAGCACUGCAGUAACAUCCCUUGUGUCUAACAAUAGCACUACAGUAACAUCCCUGGUUUCCUACAGCAGCACUGCGGUAACAUUCCUGGUUUCCAACAACAGCACUGCAGUAACAUCCCUGGUGUCCAACAAGGGCACUGCAGUAACAUCCCUGGAGUCCAACAGUGGCACUGCAGUAACAUCCCUUGUGUCUAACAACAGCACUGCAGUAACAUCCCUGGUGUCUAACAACGGCACUGCAGUAACAUCCCUGGUGUCUAACAACAGCAAUGCAGUAACAUCCUUGGUGUCUAAUAUGGCUGAAAAAUUGCCGAUUGGCAUUAAGCCAUAAUCAUUCAUUCUUUCAGAAUGUGUGCUAACACUAAAGUAUUAUAUGAGCACUAUCCAGAAUGUGUGUUGAUACUGAAGUGUUAUAUGUGCACAAUCCAGAAUAUAUGCUGAUACUGAAGUGUUACAUGUGCACAAUCCAGACUGUGCUGAUGCUAAAGUGUUAUGUGCACAAUCCAGAAUGUGUGCUGAAGUGUUAGAUAAGCACAGUCAUGCUUAUGUAUAAGUAUAUGCGUAUAUGUACACAGCCCAGAAUGUGCAGAACUUGUGCUGGUACUGAAGUGUUAUACACUGUAUGUGCCCAAUCCAGAAUGUGUGCUGAUACUGAAGUGUUAUACACUGUAUGUGCCCAAUCCAGAAUGUGUGCUGAUUCUGAAGUUAUGCACUGUAUGUGCCCAAUGCAGAAUGUGUGCUGAUACUGAAGUGUUAUACACUGUACGCACACAAUCCAGGAUGUGUCCUGAGACUGAAGUGUUACAUGUGCACAAUCCAGAAUGUGUACUGAUACUGCAGCAUUACAUGUGUACAAUCCAGAAUGUGUGCUGAUAACUGCAGUGUUUUGUGUGCACAAUCCAGAAUGUGUACUGAUACUGAAGUGCUAUGUGUGCAUUUUGUAGAAUAUCUGCUGAUACAGAAUUGUUAUAGGUGCACAGUCCAGAAUGUGUGCUGAUACUGCAGCAUUACAUGUGCACAAUCCAGAAUGUUUGCUGAUAACUGCAGUGUUACAUGUGCACAGUCCAGAAUGUAUGCUGAUACUGAAGUGUUACAUGUGCACAAUCCAGAAUGUGUGCUGAUACUGAAGUGUUACAUGUGCACAAUCCAGAAUAUGUGCUGAUAGUGUAGCAUUUUAUGUAAUCCACCGAGCAUGUGUGGCAACACAACAGAAUUUUUUGUGCCCUAUCCAGAGCUCCACAGUAUUUUGCAUGUGUGAACAUAUGUGUGCUGUACUGCCCAGAACGUGCAUUAAUGAAACAGUAUUGUGUCCCAUUCACUCUGAUGAAUCUUCCCUCUAGACAAAAAACAGCCACAGCUGGAGGCUUCUUUUAAGUUGAAAACAUAUGAGGCAUGUAUUUGUAUUCACUUUGGAUGAAUUGAACAAUCACAGAACAAUUGCUUUUGGUUUGAAAAGAUGAGUACCAAAAUUAAACAGCUCUCCCCAUCUCCAACCAAUCUGUGAUCACAUUGUGAUAUCAGCUAUCAUGUCCAAAAUGGAGUAGGCUUAGAGUAUUUCUAUGUUUAUUUUAUUGCACACCCUACACAAAAUAUAUCCUCUGUAAACCACCAAUGAAAACCCGCUGAAACUACUCUGAGUGGUGAUAAUAUUUGAAAUAUUUGCUUUACUCCAGUUUUUGCUGUACAACAAAUGUGUAUACAGGUAUAUGAUAGGACAUGCAUGAAAUUUGCCCAGAUAGAAUUAGCUUAAAUGAGUGCCACCAGGAAAUAUGGUGGAUAAGGUCAAUAAACUAAAUGCAGUGCCAAAGUACGUGUACAUUCUUUAGUAUUGUAUUUCUACAGUGGCAUAAUUAUUGGAACUUUUCUCAGGCAAAUCAUGAGCUAACACUAAUACUGUGUGGAGGAAAGGCAGUGUCACUCGGAAAUGCUAGCAGAAGAUAAAUUGUCAAAGCAAGCCUUACACAAUCAGAUGGAAAUAUAACCUGUUGUUGGGUCUAUUUUUUGUAUCGGAGAGAAAAAGAAAUAAAUGGAUGUGCAAGACAGAGUGUGGACACUAAGGAGUAUGGCGUGAUUUGACUGCCGUUCUGCUGUCCAGCUCUUGCUAGCUUCCUCUCCGGUCUUCCGGGUGAACAUCUGCUAGCAACCUGCGGAUGGUCAUUGUUUUGUACCAGGCUGUGCCGGGCUUUCUUCCAACAUAAUGCUGGCAGCUCUCAUGUAAGCGAAAUAUUCUUGAGUAUGGCGUAAAACACCAAUCAAACAAUCAAAUCAAAUGGCUGCUGGACCUAGCCUUAACUUUAUGCCCUAACGUAAGUAAUAUCAAAGGCAACGUCUUUGUUAGCUCAUUGGAUAUAACAUUUUUAUAUCUGUUUGAUUAUGAAAAGGAAAAAGGGUAGGAACAACUAUUUUAGAUACAGGGGCCUCCGUGGCUCAGUCGGUUAGCGCGCUAGCGCAGCGUAAUGACCCAGGAGCCUCUCACCAAUGCGGUCGCCGUGAGUUCAAGUCCAGCUUAUGCUGGCUUCCUCUCCGGCCGUAAGUGGGAAGGUCUGCCAGCAACCUGCGGAUGGUCGUGGGUUUCCCCCGGGAUGUGCCCGGUUUCCACCCACCAUAAUGCUGGCCGCCGUCGUAUAAGUGAAAUAUUCUUGAGUACGGCGUAAAACACCAAUCAAAUAAAUAAACAAAUAAAUUUUAGAUACAUGAAUUAUGAAUCUUCACUGUUAGACAGAAAAUAGAGAACAUUUCUUGUGUGAAAGCAACCCAGAUCAAAACAGUUCUUCUUUGUAUCUUGAAUUAUUAAAAAUUUAGGUAGAUUUUUUUUUUUUGGCUGAGGCAGAGAUUUUACCGAUGCUUCAAAUCACUGAUAACUUUAGUAUUAUACAUUUUCAGUUGGUUCAAUCCUCCCAAAAGUCGGGGGGUGGCGGGCGAUAAAGAAUUCUCACUACUUCAUUGAUAUGUUGGUUGCGUAUGUAGGUAUGAUUUUAAUUACAGUAUCUUAAUGUUGAUCUCGAAGUUGAUUUUAUUGUUAAUUAUAUAGGCAGUUUUCAUGUGUUCAUGUCAUACCAGCUCGGGUACAGUCACUGCUUACUUUUUAUCUUUCUGUUCAUACAUAUAUUACAGAUUAUACAUGAAAUUAAACUUUAACAUGAUUCCAAGAUGUUUUGUCAUAAAAAAGAUACCAUUUUCACUGUUUUUCAAGAAGUAAGUUUUGUUAUGAUACUAAUACAGGUGCUGGUAUUGUUAAAUGUUUUCUGUGAUCUAAAUCUCGGGAUAUUCGUGGGUUUCCCCCAGGGUCUUCCCGGUUUCUUCCCAUCAUAACGCUGGCCGAAGUGGUAUAAGUGAAAUACUUGUUAGUACUGCUUAGAAUUCCAACCAGAUAAAUAAAUACAUCUAUGUGCUCUGCAAGCUUCAUCUCGAACAGUUGCUGUGAGUGGAUGCUGGUGCUUUACCAUCAAAUCCUUUACUUGCAACAACAGAGGAUGUGUUAAAGUGACAUACAGUACAAUGAGAAACAUCGCUCAGCAAAAGGUAUCAGUAUUCAGUACUGGUGCAAAAUGAUACAGGUUACCUGUACAUGCAUCUACGUUCUCAUAGUGACCAAAAUGUUAUCUUGAACAUUUGUCAUAAAACUGGCCUGAGAUGCAAUAAA